CAUGAUUCAUGAAUGCAGUGUCGAGUGUGUUGUGUCUCCAGUCCAGCAGGAGUCGCUCUGCAGCUCUUCAGUCCGCCGAUAAACCCACUAAAGAAAGAAAGAAAGUCAAACAUCAAGCGCUGCGUGUUCACAUCACUCUGAUUUUCUCUCUUUAGGGUUUUAAACAGAGUGUUGUGUGUGUUUGUAUUUUUGUGUUUCGGUGUUGAUGAUGACGUCACAGGCUGAUGGGCUGUGCUCCAGACACACACAGGACUCGGAGCUCAGCCUCACUUUACUCUGUUAUACUGACACAGACGCUCAGGACACUGUGUGUGACAGUAAUCACACCUUGAAUCAGGAUGAAUCUACUGAUCAAACCUCCACAGAGUCUCUGGAUUCUGUCUGUAACGCUGGAGAACAGCAGAUCCUGAACACCAGACCACUCAACAUGUGUUCUGUCACACUGAUGGACUGCAGGAAACUCAUGGAGAUGAAAACAGAACCCACAGUGAAGGAAGAAGAUCACACUGAUGAAGAUGAGAAUCAUGACGAUGAUGAGGACGACGAUUUUAUUCCCUCAGAUGAGAGCAGUGAAACGGAAGAGAUUCAGAGGAAGGAGAAAAAGCACGAGUGUCCUCACUGUGAGAAGAGAUUUUACACUGCAUCUUGUUUUGAAAGACACGUGCGUGUACACACUGAUGAGAAACGGUUUCUGUGCAGCGAAUGUGGAAAAACAUUUAAAAAUUCAGGUUAUUUAAAAUCACACCAAAAAAUACACUCUGAGAAACUCCAUCAGUGUUCACACUGUGACAAACGUUUCCAUCAGAAGUCAUAUUUGAUGGUUCAUGAGAGAAUUCAUACUGGAGAGAAACCUUUCCUCUGCUCUGAGUGUGGAAAGAGCUUUACUUUUUUUUUUUUUCUCAUAGAUCAUCAGAGAGUUCACACUGGAGAAAAACCUUAUCUCUGCAAUGUUUGUGGGAAGAGCUUCACUCGGUCAGGUGCUUUUAAAGAUCAUCUGAGAUUUCACACUGGAGAAAAGCCUUAUCACUGCAGUUUUUGUGGGAAGUGUUUUAGUCGACUUUACAAUUUGAAGACACACGAGAGACUUCAUACUGGAGAAAAACCUUACAAAUGCUGUCAGUGUGACAAGGCGUUUACUCAACGCGUUCUUCUGAAACUCCAUCAGAAAGUUCACACUGGAGAGAAAUCCACCAGAAAGUCCAGACACACACAGGACUCGGAGCUCAGCCUCACUUUACUCUGUUAUACUGACACAAACCCCACAGACGCUCAGGACACUGUGUGUGACAGUAAUCACACCUUGAAUCAGGAUGAAUCUACUGAUCAAACCUCCACAGAGUCUCUGGAUUCUGUCUGUAACGCUGGAGAACAGCAGAUCCUGAACACCAGACCACUCAACAUGUGUUCUGUCACACUGAUGGACUGCAGGAAACUCAUGGAGAUGAGAACACAAACACCAGAAGAAGAAGAAGAAGAAGAUCACACUGAUGAAGACGAAAAUCAUGAUGAUGAUGAUGAUGAUGAUGAUGAUUUUAUUCCUUCAGUUUCAGAUGAGAGCGGUGAUUCAUGUUGUGAUGGAGAAACGGCCUCUACAUCAAAACAGCGACUGACAGCACAAACUCUUUCCUGCAUCACCUGUGGAAAGACAUUCAGUUCACAGAGACGUUUAGAGACACAUGAGAGAAAACACACAGAACAGAAACUCUUCACCUGCACCAGAUGUGACAUCAGCUUUCCUACCUUUCAAGAGAAGAAACUUCAUUCACAAGAGCACAGAGAUGAGAAACACUUUCCCUGUCAGCAGUGUGGGAGGAGUUUUGUCUUCUCUUCUAGUCUGAAGAUUCACAUGAAAACACACAGUGAUGAAAAACCUUUCCACUGCAGUGAAUGUGACAAAUAUUUCAGAACCAAAGGAAAUCUUGUUGCUCAUCAGAGAAUUCACACGGGAGAAAAACCGUACGAGUGUCCUCACUGUGACAAGAGAUUCAACCACAAACCUCAUCUGACGAAGCAUGUGCGCAUACACACCAAUGAGAGACCGUAUCAGUGCAGUGAAUGUGGAAAAACCUUUAGGGAUUCAGGUUCUUUAAAGUCGCACCAAAAAACUCACUCUGAUGUGAAACCCUAUCAGUGUUCACACUGUGAUAAACGUUUCCGUCAUAAAUCUCAGCUGAUAACUCAUGAGAGAACUCACACUGGAGAGAAACCUUACCUCUGCUCUCACUGUGGAAAGAGAUUUACUAACCAAAGUUCUUUUAUUUUUCAUAAAAGAAUUCACACUGGAGAAAAACCUUAUCACUGCAGUGUAUGUGGGAGAAGUUUUAAUCGUCAGAACAUUUUUACAAAACACCAGAGAACUCACACAGGAGAAAGACCUUAUAAAUGUUCUCAGUGUGACAAGACGUUUGCUCGAUUAGAUGUCCUAAAAACCCAUAAGAGAGUUCACACUGGAGAGAAACCUUAUCACUGCUCCAAGUGUGGGAGGAGUUUUGUCUUCUCUUCUAGUCUGAAGAUUCACAUGAAAACACACAGUGAUGAAAAACCUUUCCACUGCAGUGAAUGUGACAAAUAUUUCAGAACCAAAGGAAAUCUUGUUGCUCAUCAGAGAAUUCACACGGGAGAAAAACCGUACGAGUGUCCUCACUGUGACAAGAGAUUCAACCACAAACCUCAUCUGACGAAGCAUGUGCGCAUACACACCAAUGAGAGACCGUAUCAGUGCAGUGAAUGUGGAAAAACCUUUAGGGAUUCAGGUUCUUUAAAGUCGCACCAAAAAACUCACUCUGAUGUGAAACCCUAUCAGUGUUCACACUGUGAUAAACGUUUCCGUCAUAAAUCUCAGCUGAUAACUCAUGAGAGAACUCACACUGGAGAGAAACCUUACCUCUGCUCUCACUGUGGAAAGAGAUUUACUAACCAAAGUUCUUUUAUUUUUCAUAAAAGAAUUCACACUGGAGAAAAACCUUAUCACUGCAGUGUAUGUGGGAGAAGUUUUAAUCGUCAGAACAUUUUUACAAAACACCAGAGAACUCACACAGGAGAAAGACCUUAUAAAUGUUCUCAGUGUGACAAGACGUUUGCUCGAUUAGAUGUCCUAAAAACCCAUAAGAGAGUUCACACUGGAGAGAAACCUUAUCACUGCUCCAUCUGUGGAGAGAGAUUCACUUAUUUAGGAAGUUUUAAUUCUCAUCAGAAGAAACAUGCUGAAGAACAAACUGCACUGGAAUCAUAGUGUCUUUUACUAUUUUUAUAAACCGUGUCUAUAACCUGAAAUAAAUGUGCUCGUAGUAAAUUCCUUUGUUUUUGUGAAAUAGUUUUAUGCAAUCUGAUAAAGGUUGUAGAAAGAGCUGUUGUAUAUCCAUUGUAAAUCAUAAACAUCCUCUAGAUGUCUCAGAGACGUGUUGCAGAUGAGCAAACGAUCAGAAAAUGUCUUGCAGAUGCAAAUACAGACAUCAAAUAGACGUCUUCUAGAUGUGUGCUGUCAGGAUUGUUUGUUUGCUGGGAUUUUGGGUUGUUGUGUUUUGCGCAUUUGCGCUUAUGUACAGUGAUGAUGUUCGUUUGUUGUUUAAAGUAAAUCAGUAGAAUUUUGGAAACCUGUGAAAAAAUAACAAGACACCUUUUCCAUAUUUAACUCGUGAAUUACAUUCAGGAUUACACACAGUUCAUGCGUGUGACAACCGCAUUUACAGAAAUUCUUUGCCGUGUGUACGGAACUGAAUGGCUAGUUGUUAAUGACGUACUUCACACGCAUCAGAGAUGAGUCUUCAUCUGUAACUUCUUGUUCAUGUGACAGUGUGUAGUUUACAUGCGCAACUGAUAUUUUGUGAUCAUUAUUAUUCAUGAGUAGUUUUACAGUAGUUCAUUUAGUAGUAGUUUCAUUUAUUUUCAGUUACUAAUAAGAAUGAUGUUACUUUUCUCUUCUGAUUAAAUACGGCGUGUCA